AUACACAGUCUCGCCUUGCCACCAUCACGUGUGAUCACGUGGUUUUAUUUAGAUCUACAUAUAUAUAUACUUUAUUGUCUUAUGAAACGUACCUACUAUAGAACAAUUUCAUGAAGAAUAAUCAAAUCUUCGAGCAUUAUUGCAAAGCAUUGCACCGACCGUGUUUUAUAUUAUGAUCACGCAUUUAUAAAGUUGACAUACAUCUAACCGAUACGUCGUGCCAUACUGUCAUACAUAACUUUUCAGUCGACCUCCUGAAACUUAUUUGAAAUGGAAGUUCCAAACAAUAUGGAGAAGAAUUCAGAUAUGAUGAAUGAAUUGGAUUGGAUUCGGAUACGUGCGGAGCUUAGCGAUCAUAUAAAAGUGGAAACGUUCACAGAAAAAAUGGUGCGGAAAACGAAAGAAAAUCCCGUGGUACCUUUAGGCGCCAUGGCAACUGUAGCUGCUCUAACGGUUGGUGUUUAUAACUUUUAUCAUGGGAAUGCAAAGAUGUCUCAAUAUAUGAUGCGUGCACGUGUAGGGGCACAGGCGUUUACUAUAUUUGCUAUGGUUGCUGGAUUUAUGUUAACAGUAAAGGAAUAAAAAUUAGGUGAUGCAUCGCUAUUAA